UGGAGGAGAAGAAGCAGCAGCAUCUCUUUUCUGUCCGACCUCAAACCUCCUGGACUAAAUUCCUCCUCAGGUGAUUCUCCUCCGUGGAAACGUCCUUUCUUCCCCCGACGAGAUGCAGGCUCAGCUGGCGUGUUUCCUGCUGCUCUGCCUGGCAGGUGCAGCCCUCUGUUCAGAUGUGGACCAGGAGCAGCGAGCGCUCGCAGAAGAACUCCUCAGCAGCCUCCUCAGCUCCAAGGUGAGACACAGCCAGCAGAGCGCCCCCUACUGGCAGGCGUCCCUGUCCAGCCUGUGCAGGACGGUGGGGGUCCUGCACCGGGGCUCCUGGGACGGCGAGGACCAGGCGGCAGCGGCAGCGGCGGUGGCGGCGGCGGAGGAGGAGCUGAGGGAGGGGGGCCUCCAGCUGCUGGAGGACCUGUACAGCCUACGACACAUCUGCCGGGAGCUGCAGAGCCGGGACGAGAGGUUCCUCCCAGAGUCUCUGGAGUUCCCCGAGGACAACAGCGACGUGCCGCUGAAACGAAAGUCGCCCUACAUCCUGAAGAGGCAAGCCGGCCACAACACCAAGUCCCGGAGGCCGUACAUCCUAAAGCGGAGUCCGGUUUACUGACGGCCGCCGAGACGAGGGGAAGGGACGGGUUGGAGGGUUUCAGGGAACCAGAACACACAUUUUUGGUGAAUGUGGGUAAUCUAGUUUGUUUUCUUGUGGAGGUGCUUGUUUAUUUAUCUCCCCGCUCGGCUCGUACCCCCGGCACCGAGUUUACACCAGUCAUGCAUCUUUGAAAAAAAAACAUGUAUUUCCUCUGUUUCUUCACCACAGACUGAGUUCAUUUUGUUCCAGAAAUGAUUAA